ACCAGGCGAUCGCCAGGAUGGCGUGGCUCUCCGGUGCAAACUCGUCCAUAGCAUCUAUUAAAGCAAGGCACCGCGUGUCUGAGGUUCAUAUUGAUGGCCUCGCGCUACUAAAGCUCGUGAAGCAUUGUCGCGAUGCCCUUCCCAAGAUGGUGGCGGGUUCGUUGCUUGGUUUGGAUCAGGGAUCGAUCCUUGAGGUGACGCAUUGUUUCCCAUUUCCUACUCCAAAGUCUCGAGAAGAGUAUGGAGAUGGCGUGGAACUUGGUGAUGGAGUGGAUGAUCUUGACGGUGAAGAAUACCAAAUGGAGAUGAUGAAGAUGCUUCGCGAAGUCAAUGUUGACAACAACUGUGUCGGGUGGUAUAAGUCUAUUUAUGUGGGAUCUUUUUGUCAGACCCCUCUCGUGGAAACCCAGUUUAGCUACCAAGAGAAUCUAAGUGAUAAUUGCGUUGUGUUGUUGUAUGAUCCCGUCGAGUCAAGCCGCGGUGUUCUCAACCUGAAGGCCUAUCAGCUUUCAGAACAAUUCAUAACAUCGUACCGAGCAAAAUCAAACUCCUUCGUGGCGCCAUCCGCAAUCCUAGUUGAACUUCCUCUUCGGGUUAGAAACCCUGGUCUCAUCACGGCAUUCUUGUAUGACCUCCACGCAUCGGGCCAACUUCGAAAAGAGCCUUCGAGCGAGCCAAAUGCAGAUGCAGCGCCACUUGAACGCUAUCUUGAACAUUGUUGCCAAUGGGUUGAUGAUCUUGUUGAAGAACAAGGGAAGUUUCAAUACUACCUUCGCAACGUCGAACGCCACAGGGAUCAGCUACGCUGGCAUAACAAGCGCAAAGCCGAAGGAGACCAGGAGGACGCAGAUGCGCCCACAUGGAAAAAUACCACUCAACCUCCUCGUCUCGAUUCAUUACUCAUCGCCAUCAGAUCCAUCAAUAUUGUACGCAGAUCGGUGCGCAUUCUACCUGCGCUCUCUCGAAGCUGCACCUAA